UUUUUGUCUCCCAAGCGUCAUUUCCCAAUCUGCUCCCUAGAACGCAAGAGUCUACAGCCACCAAACCCUCCGAAAUUAUGCCGAUCGGCGCUGUGUCCCCGACCAACCGCGCGUAUGUGCACUUGGGCCUCCGCGGCCUCCAGUUCUUCUGCAGUCUAUUGGCCAUGUCGUUCGCGGCCGCGGGCUUCUACGGCGGCGGCUCCACCCGCUCGAGCACGUUCGUGCUGCUAAUGGGCUACACGGGCAUGCUGUACACGCUGUGGUACAUCGUGGCCGUGGAAGUUCUGCACCUGGCCAAUCGCCCCGCGCUUCGCCUGGAGCAGGGCACGGACGCGUUGCUGGCCCUCAUGCUGCUCAUCGCCGGUAUCUGCCUGGCCGCCUCGGAUUACACCAGCAACUGUGGCGCGGGCUGGCACUGCCACAACCUGCGCGCGGCCACGGCCUUCGCCUUCAUCGCCAUGUUCUUCUUCCUCGUGUCGUUGGGCCUGUCGUUCGUGGGCGGCGGCGAGCCGCACCACCAGGGCCACAGCAACGUGCAGGUCGAGGAGCCUGUGCCAUACCACCAGAACGCCACGCCCACGGGCGGGCUGUCACCCAUCGGCCACCACAACGACGGACCUGCUUCCAAGGUGUAAAGAGAGAAUGCAGACUUUAUAUCCAGGGGAGGCUGCCUCGAGCUUCGCUGCUUGUGCUCGCUAGUGCCGCGACGAUAGUUUUCACGUAAAUGCAAUUCCGAAUUGGUCUAUUUCAUGCUUGCUGUUGCAUUUGCCACUUUCUUGUCUCGAAGGGAACAAUUGCGUUUGCCAUUUUCUUGUCUUGAAGGGAACAUUGCUUCGUAUUUGCAUCGGAUCGCUCAUGCUUUAGAUUUUCGCUUCUUACCACUUUUUGCACAAUAAUCUUGUUGAAGUUGUGCCGCAAAAUAUGCAAAUGGAAUGGUCCAAUCAGCGAAGAGAG